AUGUUGUACAAUAAAGAUCAAGGGGUGACCGAUAAGGCUAAGGAAAUUAUCAUCGUCACUACCGUCCUUGGAGUCUUGGCUAUUAUCUCAGUGGCACUCCGUGUUUAUGCGCGGGUAUAUUCGAAACUCUACCUGGGCAUCGAUGAGUAUCUAAUUCUACUCGCUCUGUUUUUGUCCUGCGGAAUCAGUGUCAUUUUUGACUACACAGCGGCCGUGACUGGGGUUGGAGAUCCGAAAUAUCAGCCUACCUUGGAUGCAACCGUCUUCGCGCUGAAGACGAAUUUCGCUUGUGAAAAUGCUCAAAUAUUCACUAUGGGCCUGAUAAAAGUAUCCAUACUUUUCUUUUACCGGCGCAUUUUUGGCAUUUCCCCUAAAUUCGUCAGAGCCAGCAACGUGCUGAUCGUGCUGAUUUCCACCUUCACUUUGGCGAUUAUGCUGGCUGUAAUCUUUUCCAAAUGGCCGGUUUAUGCUCAAUGGGACCCAUAUGCCCCCUACAACAUGAAUGCAUCUGCGGUUCUCAUCUGCUACGUCGUUGGAAAUAGUGCCUUUGACAUUUUAACUUUGGCUCUUCCGAUCGCAGCCGUGCAAACAUUGCGCAUGGACCAGUCGAAGAAGCUUUUUAUGACAGUGAUCUUUUCAUUGGGAAGCACAUGCAUGGCCGCAUCGCUCGUCCGGCUUUACUAUGCCGUGAAAUGGGUUGGUACAACUGCAACUGCGAAUAGUCUAUUCGAAGCACCAUUCAUCGAUAACAUCCUCUGGGCAAUGAUAGAACCACCCGUCUUUAUUGUCGUCGUCUCAAUGCUUACCAUGGGACCCUUGCUGCGAAAUAUCGAACUUCCUAGGCAAUGGCUCCGGCUUCUCAGCACCAAGACUGGGGGAACAGCCCAGACUGAUGAAACAUAUAACGGGUUUGAUCAUGAUAACCACUCAAACAGCCACUUUAAGCAUAGUUCGAAGGAUAAUGUUUCAAGGGUACCUUCAAGCGAAAUGGAGCUUUUGACGGUUUGA